GAGAGAAGGCGAUGGGAUUCCUUUUGCAAUGUGGGAAUUUAUUAUUUGGCCUUACAUUCAUACAUAGUUACUUUUGAUCAAACAUGUAUGGAAAAUAAUACGUGAGAGGAUGGAUACAUGAUUGUUUCCGUACAAACCAUCUACUGGAAUAAAUAUGGUAUAACGGACCAAGGAUGACAAAGAGAAAUGCAUAUCGAGACUGGAGAUGGCUGGUGCUUUGGUGGCACCAUUUUUUUAUCAUGUGGAAUACAAUAGAUGGACAGACUCGGUACAGCAUCCAAGAGGAGUUAAAAAUGGGAUCUGUGGUUGGAAAUCUUGCUAAAGAUUUAGGGCUGUCCUUAACCGAAAUUUCUGACCGUAAACUAAGCGUCGCAUCUGAGGCUGGUAAGCAGUAUUUUACCGUGGAUGCGGGGAAAGGAGAGCUGGUUGUGAAUGACAGAAUAGAUAGAGAGGCUCUUUGUGGACAAAGCGCCAGCUGUGUGUUGCCUCUGCAGGUCUUUAUCGAAGAUCCGUUGCAGCUUUUUCGUGUGGAAGUUGAAAUUCAAGAUAUUAAUGAUAAUUCCCCCAGAUUCCCGUCAAAGGAUAUUACUCUAGAUAUUGCAGAAUCUACUGCGAUUGGGGUUCAGUUUCCAUUAGAAAGUGCAAUAGAUCCCGAUGUCGGUAGUAAUUCUCUGAGGUCAUAUAAAUUGAGUAAACAUGAAUGUUUCGGUAUAAGAGUAAAAGAUGUUGCUGGUGGAAGGAAGGUUCCUGAAUUAUUCCUGACAAAAAUGUUAGACAGAGAGAAAAAUAUUGCACAUACGCUUCUGUUAACAGCUCUAGACGGAGGUAACCCAGUGAGAUCAGGGACGGCAGAGAUAACUAUCACAGUUCUAGACAAUAAUGAUAAUAUCCCAGCGUUCGAGAAAUCUUUAUAUAAAGUAUCAAUUCCAGAAAAUGCUCCCGAGGGUGAAUUGAUUAUACAAACAAAAGCAGCAGAUAUAGAUGAGGGCCAAAACGGAGAGAUUGAAUAUUCAUUCGGAUCGCACACCCCCGAUUCUGUUCUUUCAAUUUUUACCAUUGAUUCUGCUUCAGGAACUAUCAUUCUGAAGGGAAACUUAGAUUAUGAAACAACUACAAAAUAUGAAUUGGAUGUAACUGCGAAAGAUAGGGGCACUCCGAGAAUGGAGGGACAUUGUAUGGUAAAUGUUGAAGUUUUAGAUGUUAAUGACAAUGCGCCAGAAAUAAUUCUCACGUCUCGACCAAAACCUGUGAGUGAAAACUCGCCUAACGGUACCGUUGUUGCUCUGAUCAGCGCCAGGGACUUGGAUUCCGGUGAUAACGGAAAAGUAAAAUUACACAUUCCAGAGAAAAGUAACUUUGCACUGAGGCCCUCGUUUUCACAAAACUACGCGCUAGUUACAAACAGUGUUUUGGAUCGCGAAAAAGUCCCCGAAUAUAACAUUGAAAUAGCAGCCAUAGAUUCUGGCUCCCCUCCGCUGUCAAGUAAGAAAACUAUUCAUGUUAGCAUAACUGAUGUAAAUGACAACCCUCCUAUUUUUACUCAGUCUUCCUAUAAUGUAUAUUUAAAAGAGAAUAAAAUUCCAGGAUCUAUACUUUACUCGGUAUCAGCGUCUGAUCGGGAUUCUGGGGAAAACGCAAAGAUUUCUUACUCUAUACUUGACUCCAAAGUGCUGGGUGUUUCUGUCUCAUCUUACGUUUACAUAAACUCGGAUAACGGCAGCAUCUACAGCAUGCAGUCAUUUGAUUAUGUGAAGCUGAAGGUGUUUCAGAUUCAGGUUCAGGCAAAGGACCAUGGUUCCCCUCCUCUGAGCAGCAACACCACUGUCCAUGGGACCCGUGUUUGA